ACUCACUCUCUCUCUCUCUCUCUCUCUAUAUAUAUAUAUAUAUAUGUAUAUGUAUAUAUACAGUAUCUGGGCUUGUAUGUAUGUGCUUAUCUUCUCUGUGAUGAACAGAAAGCAGCAAGUGGGGUUUACUAUUGAUAAAGCCACACACAAACCCCCAGAGGCAGAGGCAGCAGCUGAGGAAGAGGAGGAGGGUUAGCAGCAGCUAUACCUGAAGAAGAUCCAUCACCAUUCUCCCUCAAUGUGCACUCCUUUCUCCAUCUUCUCGCUUCUCCUUCUCCUUCUCUGCUCUCCGGCUGCGGCUAAACGAUCCAGGCCCACAAAAUGGCAAACCCUUGCUGGAGAUCCUCCUUUGGUGAUAGCACGAGGCGGGUUUUCAGGAAUCUUUCCAGAUUCCAGUUCUUACGCUUAUCAAUUCGCUCUGCAGACCGCCUUGCCUAAUCUCCUCGUUUGGUGUGAUGUUCAGCUCACCAAAGAUGGAGCAGGAAUAUGCUUCCCCGACAUCAGGCUCGAAAAUUCAUCCGACAUUGAUGUCGUCUUCAAGGACCGCCGAAACACCUACACCGUCGACGGCGUCUCGAUGCAAGGAUGGUUCUCCGUCGAUUUCACCCUCAAGGACCUCUCCUUCGUCAAAUUGAAACAGAGGAUUUAUUCUCGUUCCCCCAACUUUGACGGUACUCCGAUGCAAAUUCUCACUGUCGACAAUGUCUACCGCCUGAGGCCACCUGGAAUGUGGUUGAAUAUUCCGCACAACGCCUUUUUCAGCCAACAUAAUUUGAGUACGAGGAGCUUCGUCAUUUCUGCAUCCAAGGCCAUGAUUGUUAACUACAUUUCUUCGCCGGAGAUAGCUUUCCUGCAAAGUAUCGUUUCUCGAUUCAGAGUAGGCCCGACGAAGCUAGUGUUUCGAUUUCUUGAGCUUGAUGACACAGAGCCUUCAACCAACCAAACUUACGGCUCACUUCUGAGAAAUCUUACGUAUAUCAGGACUUUUGCUGCCGGAAUUCUUGUUCCUAAAACCUACAUAUGGCCAGUCGACAGUUCCUUUUAUCUGUCGAAUCACACGUCCCUUGUGAUGGAUGCGCACACCUCUGGUUUAGAGGUUUUCGCAUCCAAUUUCAUAAAUGAUGCGCCGUUGCCGUAUGACUACAGCCACGACCCUGUCAACGAGCAUCUCUCUUUUAUCGACAACCGUCAAUUUUCUGUUGACGGUAUGCUGUCCGACUUCCCAUUAACUUCAUCCGCAGCCAUAGAUUGCUUCUCACACAUGGGCAAGAAUCAGACAGUUCAAGCAAAUAUUUUGGUUAUGUCUUCCGAGGGAGCCAGCGGGGAUUAUCCCGGUUGUACGGACCUGGCUUACGCUAAAGCGGUGUCGGAUGGUGUCGAUAUACUUGAUUGCCCCGUUCAAAUGACAAGCGACGGAAUACCGUUUUGCUUGGGAUCGAUCAAUCUCAGGGAUAAAACAAAUGUUGCCGAAACGGCUUUCAGCAAGAGGGCGACAACUGAUGCAGCCCUUAACGUAAAGGAUGGAGUUUUCGCCUAUAAUCUCACAUGGAGUGAAAUUCAGACAUUGAAGCCCGCUAUUUCGAACCCGUACUUGAAGUAUUCUCUGUAUCGAAAUCCAAAAGCCCGAGACAAAGGGAUCUUGCUGCAGUUAUCAGACUUUUUAUCGCUCGCUAAUAAUGCAUCGUCCGUCUCGGGAGUCCUCAUCAGUAUAGAGAAUGCAGCCUACCUAGCUGAGAAACAAGGACUAGGAGUAACCGAUGCAGUAAUCGACGCGUUGGACAAAGCCGGGUAUGAUAAUCAGACAGCCAAGAGGAUCUUGAUCAAAUCGAGCGAAAGCGCUGUAUUGAGAAAGUUAAAAAGCAGCAGCGAUUACGAGCUCGUUUACGUCGUCGACGAGGAUGUCCGGGACAUCUCGAACGCAACCAUUUUGGAGAUAAAAACAUUCGCCGGCUCCGUCGUCGUCUCCAAGAAAUGCGUGUUCCCUUCCAACGCAGCCUUUCUCGUCGGCCAGACUGCCGUUGUUCCGAAGCUGAAGGCCUUUAACCUCUCAGUCUACGUGCAGCUCUUCCAGAACGAAUUCGUGUCGCAGCCGUGGGACUUCUUCUCCGACGCCUACGUCGAGAUCAGCACCCACACCUACAUGGGAAUCGACGGCAUUGUGACUGAUUUCCCUGCGACGGCUGCCAAGUUCAAAAGGAAUCGAUGUCUCGGGUACGCCAACGUUCCGCCGUACAUGUCGCCGGUCCAGCCCGGGGGGCUGAUUCCGCUUAUGGCGAAAGGCUUCCUGCCUCCGGCCGAGGCUCCGAACCCUGUCCUGAUGGAGAACGACGUGUCGGAAGCUCCUCUGCCGGCGGUCCGGGAGAGGCCGCGAAGCUUUUCCGUCGGCAAUGGCUCGGCGGUUGCGCCGGCGAGCGCAAAUCCUUCGCAAAAUGGAGAUCAGAGGUUAAUGGGUGCGAGCUCAAGGUUGGUCUUCUUCUUGGGUAUAAUUAUUUCUAUGGCCAUUCUUUUGUGUGUCUGAAGAAAACAAUAUAUAUCUGAUUCUGAAUCUGAAUCUGUGUCCUAUCGUAUCUGUUCCACUGAUAAGUUAAAAUGUUUGUGUAUGUAAUGUAGUAAUAAUUUGAGAGAGAUGUAGAGCUUUUGAUGUUGUUCAUUGUAGUCGUUUCAUGUCCAAUUAAUUAUUGCAUCGAAGUUUUAGCAUUAAAUAAGAAGGUUAUGUAUGUUGUUUUGAUU